AUGAGUCGUGGAGGUUCAUCAAGAUGGUGCCCAACCCAGGAACAGCUUGUGAUUCUUGAGGCGAUGUACAGAAGUGGGAUCAGAACUCCAAAUUCCUCCCAGAUUCAGCAUAUCACAGCUCAACUUUCUUUCUAUGGGAAGAUAGAGGGCAAGAAUGUUUUCUAUUGGUUUCAGAACCACAAGGCCAGGGACAGACAGAAACUUCGCCGGAGAUUGAACAAGCAACUUCAGCUUCUGCAGCAGCAGCAUCACCAGCUGUGUAACUAUUACCUUCAGCUUCAUCUGAAUCAUCACAACUAUAAUAAUCUCCACUUUCACUGCCCUAUGGAGUCUGUUGGUGCUGCGUCAUCUUCUCAACAAUAUUCCUCUUACAACUCCCUUGCUUCGUUUUCAUCAGAGGGAGGAGCUGGAGAAGCAUCAAAACAAGGCAUAAAUUGCAAAUGGAAAAUUGAAAAUGCAGAAGGAGUGAUGGAGAAGACGUCACUGAAGCAAGAAUGGAGGAGGAAGAUGGAAGUAAGCGGUCCAGGUGCUUCAUAUUGGCCUACAAGAACCCUCAAGACCCUUGAACUUUUCCCAAUCAGGGAGAGGCUCAAACAAGUGUGAUCCGUAUCCACACAUGAAAAAUCUCGUGACUCUCUUUAACUAGGAUCUGUUCCCUUCUGAUGGCCUGCAUGAAACAUGCCAUCACUUUGUCCUGAAAAUAUUUUGUC